AACCUUUUCAAGUGACCGCGCCCAUUUUAAAACUCCUCCUUCGUCUUCAGAAGUAUAUUAAAGAGUCUUCUGUAGAAUCUCUCCAUAUUACUGAUAGUACUAUUGAAUUUCUUGAUAAACAAGGAGACCAGGUUCCUAUUAAUUUAGCACCAGAAAUUAAUGAUGAUUUGUUAGAAACUC